UUAAACUGCAUAUACGCCUGCCAGAAUGCCUCAUCUCCAUAUACUGCUGUUAAUGGUUCUGGUGGGAAAGACAGCCAUCGGGCUCUCCUUGAUGUCUUUACUCAUAGACCCGGACCCAGAUUGGACCCCUGACUACUAUGAGAGUAGCUACGAGUAUUACAACCAAGAAGAAAACAGCAGUGAUACCCUUGCCUACCAGGAGAAUCCUGACUGGUACUACACAGAGGAGGAUCCCUGCCUGUCCAACCCCUGUGAACAUGACGGGGAGUGCCUUGUCAGUGGGGACACCUUCACGUGCAGCUGUCCAGCCCCUUUCUCUGGACACAGGUGUCAGAAUGUGCAAAACAAGUGCAAAAACCAACUGUGUGGCCGGGGCGAAUGUCUCAUCACCCAGAGUCCUCCCUACUACCGCUGUGUCUGCAAACACCCUUACACGGGCCUAGAUUGCUCCACAGUGGUUCCUGUGUGCAGACCAAAUCCCUGCCAAAAUGGUGGCAUCUGCUCCCGGCAUAAGCGGAGAACCAAGUUCACCUGCACCUGCCCUGAUCAGUUCAAGGGAAAAUUUUGUGAAAUAGGUCCUGAUGACUGCUAUGUUGGUGAUGGCUACUCUUACCGAGGAAAAGUGAGUAAGACAGUCAACCAACACUCAUGCCUCUACUGGAACUCCCACCUCCUCUUGCAUGAGAAUUACAACAUGUUUAUGGAAGACGCUGAGACCCAUGGGAUUGGGGAGCACAACUUUUGCAGAAACCCAGAUGGAGAUCAAAAGCCCUGGUGUUUCAUUAAAGUAAACAAUGCAAAGGUGAAAUGGGAGUACUGUGACAUCCCAGCUUGCUCAGCCCUAGAUAUUACUGACCCAGAGGGAAGCCCCACAGAGCCUCUGACCAAGCUUCCAGGGUUUGACUCAUGCGGGAAGCCCGAGAUGGCAGAGAAGAAGGUCAAGAGAAUCUACGGAGGCUUCAAGAGCACGGCGGGCAAGCACCCAUGGCAGGCAUCCCUACAGACCACAUUGUCAUUGACCGUCUCCAUGCCCCAAGGCCACUUCUGUGGGGGAGCACUGAUCCACCCCUGCUGGGUGCUAACUGCUGCCCACUGCACUGACAUAAAAACCAAACAUCUAAAAGUGGUGUUAGGGGACCAAGACCUGAAGAAGACAGAAUUCCAUGAGCAGAGAUUUGGCGUGGAGAAGAUUUUCAAGUACAGCCACUAUAAUGAAAAAGAUGAGAUUCCCCACAAUGAUAUUGCUCUGCUCAAGCUAAAGCCAGUAGAUGGUCACUGUGCUCUGGAGUCCAAAUAUGUGAAGACCGUAUGUUUGCCUGAUAGCACCUUCCCCUCUGGGACUGAGUGCCACAUCUCUGGUUGGGGUGUGACAGAAACAGGGGAAGGGUCCCGCCAGCUCCUGGAUGCCAAGGUCAAGCUGAUUGCCAAUACUUUGUGCAAUUCCCGCCGACUCUAUGACCACAUGAUCGACGACAACAUGAUUUGUGCAGGAAACCUUCAGAAGCCCGGAAUAGACUCCUGCCAGGGUGACUCGGGAGGCCCUCUGACCUGUGAGAAGAAUGGCACCUACUACGUCUACGGGAUAGUGAGCUGGGGCCUGGAAUGUGGGAAGAAGCCAGGAGUCUACACCCAAGUUACCAAAUUCCUGGAUUGGAUUACAGCCACCAUCCAAAGGGAGACUAGCUUCUGAGGUGUCUUCUUAACCUGAGGGCCCCUUCUCCCUGGCACCUAGACAAGGCAAGGCCUCAUGGGCAGCCCUGGGCAGCCCCGGGAGGCCAUAUAGCCAAGAGUCUGUGCUCUACACAGAAACAAUGGCCACCCAGCCUGGCGCAUCCUGGGCCAAGAAAUGCCAGAAUCAAUCCAACAUUUAUUUUGUUUGCUUCCCUUCAAACAAUGGUACCUUCUGGAAAAAUCGCAGACCGCCUACACCUCGGACAUUUGCAAAUGUGGGAUUAAAGAAUGACCAGAGAAACUGGAAAUCACCUUUACAUCUUUAUUCCUCAUGCCGGACACCCAAGGCGCACAGGGGAACCGGCCACCCACUUUCAGGAUGACACGGAGGAACGAAAUUACAACACUCUCCAGAGCUUUCUAAGAGUCGCUGUUUAAGUAAAAGGCGGCUCGGGGGAUGGGCUGGCAUGUCAUGUUUCCGGCUCGCUGGAACUGAACCACAUCUCUGGUGGACACGCUUCCCCCCCAGCCACUUCCCCAAGAAUCCUGGGUGGACGCUACUCGCUCACAACGGCAGACCCCUCCUCCUUUUGACGUGCAGAAUCUCAGUGGCAUCUGGGUUCACGUCCCCCCUCUGAUUAUCUGCGGGCCCCAGGGCCUCUGGUCCUCCCUGCAGAAAUCAAACACACCCCCCUGAGUCAGAUCGAAGCUCCCGCCCUGCUCCCACACAACGGGCUGCCUAAGAUGCCCUUGGAACAUUUAAAAUGCUCCCCCCCUCCACCCUCCCCAAGAAAAAGGAUCCUCGAGGCAAGAAGGAGAAAGAAGCAAAGCCAGUCUCUCAUUUAGACGUGGCGGCUUUCUUCUGAACAAAGCAGGGUUCAAAACCCAGCCUGUUGCAGCCAGCGAGUCCCUGACCCCUUCUGCAAAUGUAACGAGCAGGCAGUUGCACAGCCUGGGCUGCCGUGGCCCGGGACUGAUGUAGCCCCGGCGGGUUUGUCUCCGCAGAACUAAUGGCUGUGACUUCAGAGAAAACCCUGCAGGAAGUUUAACCCGGGUGUCAUCCGCCUGGUCAUCUCAGACCCAUGAAAUUAGGCGCCUUGCUCAAGCUGCAUUUCACACUUCUUUAGAGCCAGCUGACCUCUGGCCAGAAAUAAAGUUUGAAAAGAAA